UGUCGCUUCGCCGUCGAAGACGCCUCCACGAUCACGCUACACGCCGCCGCUGACCGACCAAACCGACCCCAAAUGUCGCUGGAGCCGCCCCAAGCGUACCUUACCGAACCCCACAGUGAUCAACCUAGUGCAACUGAUGAACACGAUGCCCGGGUGAGACCGAUCUCCUACCCUUGCGGACCGGACUCCAGUGUGAGAUUGGAGGUGAUCGAGUUCUCGCCCCAUAAAAGACACUCGGAUCCCCUUCAGCCGCCCCCGCUUUCUUCCAAGGCUAAGACCCAGGUGAAACCGUUCACCAAGGAGUCCCUAGAAAAGCUACAACGGAAGACGGUGCAACUGGUACGCGAGUACGGCUUUCAACCGCGCAGGAAGUUGAGCGUCGAGGAUGGUUCCCGGCUCCCGGCCAAAUAUGAGCCCUUCCCCAAAAAGUUGUAUGGCAGACCCCUCGAGGAGAUUGAUAACUUUAUAUACGAUGAGCCAGCAGCGGCGCCCAUACUCUCGAAAUUAUUUCAAGAUAAUGUGCUAAGAGAAAUACCAGUUACAAAUAUAUCAUUUGAUUUGGAAUUAGGACUGACGCUUUCGUGGACAGUUCCACCGUAG